CAAUGAUAUAUUAUAUUUAAAUUUAUUAACUAAUUAAAAGGUAUUGAAGGUACAAAGUAGAACCUGCAUGUGAUAGAUCACAUAAUGUUCUACUAUAAAAUUCUUUAAAUCACUUUGAGAACUCCAUCCGUAAAUAAUUGAAGCCUACAGUGUACAUGAUAUAAAGAAAGUAUAAAAGACAAGAUUCAUUUUUGUCUUAUUUGUGUCUAAAUCAGUAUUUUUUGGUGAAAAGAUUGGACUAAUAUGGAAUGAAAAGUUGACUUUGGUCACCUUCGAUUUGUGUGACAAAUUGUAACACUGACACCGUAAAAAGUAGGAAAAAUGGUACAGUUAAUCAAAAGUGCAAGUCAAUUAUUAUUUUUUUGCAUGUCAAAGAUGUAAUACUUUCCACAAACAUUGUUACCUUGGAGCAACUCUAAGCCAUGUUUAACAAUGAAGAACUUUGCUUUACCUUUGACUUGAAACAAUGUUCCUAGCACCUUUGACAAAUUGUAAAUUAUGCAAAGACAGCCUUCACCAUCAAGAAUUAUUAUGCCAAUGUAGGGGAAGUAAAAGUGGCCUUUAUGACCUGAGACCAAUGCAUUUCAUACAAGGUAGCUUGACAGUAAUGUAAAUUGAUUGAUUAAUUAAAUCCAUCACUUUGCUUGUGAGUGAUGGAUACAGAUCAUCAUAAUUUGUAUGUUGCAAAAAGUACUAACAGUUAUACAUUACCAGAGAUACCAACCUCUGGAGAUUUAAAAUCUGGAGACUCUAUCUCUUGCACAAACCCCCUCCCCAAAUGUCCACAAAACCCACCCCCACCCCACCCCACAAAUUGACUCAACUGUCAGGGAAAUGGUUUAGAACAUUAUAUGAACUCUUACAUGAAGUACAUACCAUCAAAAUUUGCAUUCAUCAUUGUAAUGACUAGCCUGCGUAGCAUUGCGGUUUUGGUUGGGCGCGCUAAGUAAUAAAGGCGGGCGAGAGCAGAGAAACCGCGAGGAGAUUGGGGCGGAAGCAACUUGAAAAACCGCCUGCACGGACGGGGGGCUUUUUUGAGUCGGUCCGCACGCCAGCGUACGGAUCGUUCCGAUUGGUUCGAAAUGUUCGCCUGUCAAUCAAAAAUUUUGGUAAUCUCCCAUGGGAGAGUUUCGAGGGACUGAACAAAUCACCUCCGCAAAACAAAAUCAAAAUAUCAAAGAAGCGUUGACCGGAGCGUCGUCGAUCUUGAAUAUUUGACGGGAAAACAGGGCAAUUGUAUUGAAGCCUAAACAGGAAAUGGCCAUUUACAGUCUUCUUCAAAGGAGAGAUGUCAUGGAAAUUUUGUCAACAAGAUUUGGCAAGAGCAUGAUCUUUACUGUCUUUGCUAUGGCCAAAGAAGAAAUAUCCUCAUCGAAAACCUGUAUGAUCACAAUUCCUCCUCUAAAAAGUACUAUCGACGACCAGAUAUCUGAAAUCUUGUCGCUGAGCCGUAAAGCAAUGGACCUUAUGACAGAAACAGUAAAUUUCAGUGCUUCGAGAAAGUUCACCUCAAUUUUCUCUAUUACUCGGUGUUAGAGAAUAACGCACUCCAUUGCAAUACAUCGAACGGUGUCCGCGGUUGUGGUCGAUGAAUCGCAUACGGUAGAAGACGCACAGCGUAAUUCUCCAUACUUUUUUGCUUGGUGUAGCUUAGGCUACAACUCAAAUCUGAAGAUCGCGCUAUACGUAAAAAUACAACAUCCUGCAAACAACACUUAAAAAGCCGGGUCCAGCGUCAAAACAUUCACGGACAAAGCAGUGACAAAGAAACUACAAACCAAGGCUCCUUGGUUUGUAGUUGUCCAGAUCCAGGCAUUUUAGUCGGAAAAGACCAAAGAAACUAAAAUAUUUAUUUAGCCGUAAUAAAAAGCUUUAGGCUUUAAGAAUGGUUAAAGAAAUUAGUACUUUACAACUGCAUCUGAGAUCAACAAAUUCUAAUUAGCGAAAAUAACAUUAACCACAGGAAAUAAUUACUCAAUACGGAUUAAACAAACCAACUCCAUGACCUCUAAAUAAAUGUAAGACUUAGUGCAGCAAAAAUAAGAUCUACUCAGUCAAGUUUAGAACGCGGUGUAGUCACCUAUGCGCGAGAUAGCCACAAGGAAAAAACCUGUGUUUGUUCAAGCAAACUCCAAUUCCGGCCAAGGUCACGUUUUACACUAUAUCACGAGCUUUUGUGUCGUGUUUAGGCUGUCAACACUUUAUUUCUGAUUGGCUGGGAAAACGGAAACCAAACAAGUUGUCAACAGGAUGUCAAAAUGAGUUGAAGGGGGCGGCAGUUGAAAAGGUCACGAAUCCGGGCAGGCGGUUUUUAUUUUUCUCGCGGCUUCGCCGCUCGUUCUCGCGCGCUUCGCGCGCGAAUUUCGCUGCUACGCCGCUCCUGCGCCCAGCUCGACAAAACCGCCAUGCUACGCAGGCUAUGUAAUGACGAAAUAGCCUUUGUGCUAAAUACUUGCGAAAAUGCCCCAGAAAAAAAAAAAGUGGGCUGAAGUCCAAAGUAAAGCACAGAAGUACUCACCAGUCGAUUUAUUCCGGGAGAUUUGGUGACCCGUAUGGGAGAGUGGGAGAUGGGUGCUGUAUCCAGGAGACUCCUGGAUAAUCCGGGAGAGUUGGCAUAUAUGCAUUACCUACAUAUUUGUCAGUUGUACAUGCAACAUGUUGGAAAUUUGUUGUUUAAUUAUUUUGGCAGGAAAUUCAGAUGAAGAUGAUGGCAUAGUUCCUGAUGAUCCCAUGCAGAACACAGACAAUACCAGCAACUUAAACUGUGACUCUGGUAGGUAAUAAUCUGUUCUUGAUGGCUAGGUCUUUACUCUGGGUACCCUGGGUGACUUUUCAUGUGCGGGGUUUCCGCUUCGCUGCUUGUGACUUCGGCCUUUGGCUUAAGAUCUCUCGGCCUCCAACACUGAAACAUCCAGCCGCACACAAGCAUGAAAACCUCUGGUACCCAGGGACUGGGUACUAGGUCUUUGGUUUACCCACACAAAACAAAAUUACCCUCCUUAACUUUAUGCUCAAGGGAAACGUAUCUUCCAUGACAGUGCAUUUGUGAAAAUUGUGAUAACUCAACCUCCAGGUAAUUAUUCCUGGACUAUAAAUUUGGCUACGUUUUCAGUUAAAUUUUUCAUACUGAGAUACUGUGUAUUUGCCAUCUUUGACUUUGAAAGUACGUUGAAGUACAAAAUGUAGAUAUUGGAGAUCGGAAUUGUGAUCAAUAGUGUGAGUAUAAGACAAGAGGUCAAGGACUUUUGCAUCACAACCCAGUGAUUCUAUGGUUGAUGCUCUUCUUUUUUUCAGAUAAAACUAUUUUGAAGAUUUAUGAUGGUGAAGUAGCAGAUCCAAGACUUUGUAAAAACAUUGAAAUUCCAAGAACUGCCCAGGCUAGCAAUGUUCUUGUAAGUAUUGAACAGCACCGCAGGAAAAUAAUGCUCAGUAUCUUUCACUUGAAUGGUCAUACCAUAGGAAUUCAUCCACCGGUUCAAAAGUAAUAUUGUAGUAUAAAUUGGUAUUUGUUUAUCCGCGAACCACUCAGGAAAUCUUAAAAACUCUUUUAAACGUUUCCGUGCUUUACGGAUCGAAUUAGAAUUUGGAAAUGGUUUUUGAGGAGAGAGGAAAACGGGAGUAGCCAGACUGAGAAAAACCUCUCGGAGCAAAGGAGAGAAUCAACAACAAACUCAACCCACAUAUAGCUUGCGUAGCAAGCGUUUCCAGUCGAGUUAUAGCGCGAAAGUUAGAGUGGGAACAAAAAAAAAUGGAAGAGGGGGAGGGAGAAGCUCAUUCUUUUUUUUUUUUUCGCUCUCGUCCCAACUUUCUCGACGAACUCGCGCGGAAACGCUUGCUACGCAGGCUACUUCAUUCCCCUCCCCCUCCCCCGUCCUUUCUUUUUUUUUUUUCUCGUCCCCACUUUCUCGACGAACUCGCGCGGAAACGCUUGCUAUGCAGGCUACUUCAUUCCCCCCCCCCGUCCGUCGUUUCUUUUUUUUUUUUUGCUCUCGUCCCAACUUUCUCGACGAACUCGCGCGGAAACGCUUGCUACGCAGGCUACUUCAUUCCCCUCCCCCUCCCCCGUCCUUUCUUUUUUUUUUGCUCUCGUCCCAACUUUCUCGACGAACUCGCGCGGAAACGCUUGCUAUGCAGGCUACUUCAUUCCCCUCCCCCUCCCCCGACCUUUCUUUUUUUUUGCUCUCGUCCCAACUUUCUCGACGAACUCGCGCGGAAACGCUUGCUAUGCAGGCUACUUCAUUCCCCUCCCCCUCCCCCGCCCUGUCUUUUUUUUUUGCUCUCGUCCCAACUUUCUCGACGAACUCGCGCGGAAACGCUUGCUAUGCAGGCUAACCCACAUAUGGUGUGGACGCCACGUUAAUUUAUGUUAGUUAUAACUAAUGAUAUGUUGUACGCUAAUACGUGUGUCCUUAUUUGAAAUGUACCAUGCCUCCCGGGGUCCUUUCUUGGCGGAAUAUCUAGAUUAAACUGUAUUCAUGUUUUUUUUUUUUAAAAAAAAAGAUGCUGUUUACGUUGUUGUAACUUCACUCUUAAUUUUCACAUGAUUUAGCAAACAAAAAACUCUGGCAUGCGUAUUUUGGAUACAACGAGGUGAAAUAUUAGUUAUAUCACUCAUUGAAUGUAUUAAUCGAAGAGUAAAGUCAAAGUUGUCUUUAAUAGCCUCCUCUUUUCGUUUCUCUUCACUGAAGUGCCUUCCACGCAAGAUUUUGUUGAAGACGUGUAUUUCAUACAUUGCUCGUGUUUUACAGCAUUCAUUAAUAAUUUUUUUCUUGACGAAACUUUCAGGAAGAAGCAUUAAAAAGGUUUCACAUCACAGACGACCCUAAAAAUUACUACCUUGCAAGGGCCCUGGAUCAAGGUAUUGAUAUCACGUUUUAAUUUAACUAUUCUUCUUCUAGUAACAGUUUAAUAUGGCGUGGAUUCCGAUCCAGAUUUGUUAGUGAAAAGGAUCCUUCGGGGAUUUUUCUUCGACUGACCAGGAUCUGACCCCAGCUUCAAACCCUUUACCCUUCUGUUUUGUUCUUUUGAGAAAGUUAUUUAUGUUAAGUUUGUUUUAUACAAAACACCUAAGAACUACGAACUCGUUUAACUUCUGCUUGUGCGUUACAGAAUAAAGUGGAUAUGAUUUUUAAGGACAGGGAAAACCAAGUAGGUGGGGUCAAGAACAAGGAUUUUGGUGCUGUUUCGCAGACGGGCUUAACCAGCGUUUAGUUUCGUCUGUGGCGCAGACUAUUAAGAAUCAAAGAGCGCCAAAAAAUAUCAGUUUGGCUACGCUUCGCCACGUGCAGUAAAAUAGGGCCACACCUUUUUGACGGUGCUGGUGAUGUGGGGUUUGUCUAGUUGAUCUGUCGACGCCAUUUUAAUCAUUUUUUGUAUGUUUGUUUUUCACUAAAAGAAAAUGAACGAGCACUAGACCCUGACGAGAAGCCUCACCAGUUCACAGAAAAUAAUUCGCCAAAACCACUCAUCUUUCUCAGAAUGAAGGUAUAUUUUGAUAUUUUUUACUUUAAUUCUUUCUGUGGAUCUGUUUUCAAUUAUUCCUCGACUUGUACAUGACGUUAUGUUUUGCGCUUUCGAACUGAUUAAAUAUGCCAUUUUUGAGUUCCAAAAGCUCUCUCUUCCAAAACGAGGCUACGGUAAGCGCAAAACCUUUUUUGGAAAUGAGCUUUAUUUGCAUGAAAAUAAAAUCUUGCAGCAACUCGGAAGUGGCAUAUUGAACUGUUGAAUAGCCCACAAAAUUUUCUAACAUGAAUCCGAUGGUUUUUGGCCAUAUUUCUAUACCUGAUUUGGUUUUCUUUUCUUUGUGCUCAAUCUCCUCUGUGAGUUGCAAGACAAUAGAGUAGUGGAAAAUUUGAAAUUUUUUCCCGGAAGCCUCCCAGUCAUUUUAGAAUUAUAAUUAUAAAAAAUAAUUAUGGGUAAUUCUUUUUCAGAGUGCUGAUAGAAGAAAAGGAUACAUAAGAGUUUAUCCUGGAAUGAUAAAGUGAGUUUAGUGAAAUCUCAAACUAAAAUGUCAUGACAGGACGUUUUGUAACGUAUCAAACUUGCAACCGAGCAAUUUCCGGAGAUUUUUAUGUGGUGCCACUUAAGCGGAUUUUUUUUUUCUUGUCACGUCUAUGAUGUAUAAUAGUGUAAAAAAAACAACAACAACAACAACAAAACAAGAAAAUUGUGGACGAUUUGUUGACUAGCACAAUCUCUUCGGUAAGCGCUUCGAAACUCGCGCGCGCGCGCACAAGAGGUGGCGGAUGACUGGAAACAAGCGAAGCGCCAGUCAUUUUUCCCGCUGUCCUUUGGGCAUAGUGAGAGGUGUCUGGCUCAGAGGUUGCCUUGUUCCUAGGCUUCAUUAUUGCGCGCGGCCUAUGUAUUUCGGGUCGUGUGGAUACGUCGCCGAAAUGCAUUGACCGAGAAGUCGUGGUUAGACGUCCUCAGUGUAGGGACUAGGUAAGGUCAGAGGCAGGGUCAGUUUGCCUUUACAAAGCACAAACUCAACAAUUCCUUCCGUCAUUUUUACCGCGGUGUUAUGUUUUUUUUUUUUGUUACAGUGUAUCUGCCUUGUUUAAGACGAUCCCUGUCACUGCUAUCACAAGAGUAACUGAUGUUAUUCAAAUUGCUUUGGAGAAAUUCGGACUUAAGGUAUGAAGUUUAGCAAAGAACGCUCUGUCUUGUCACAACACAUGAAUUAGUCACGUGACAACAGAUGAUUGAAAAUCCCGGGAAGGUCAUAACCCCCCGCUCUAUUUAGGAUUGGAUACUGGUGUCUGAUAUGUAUGGCCUCCUUGGAUUUUGUUAUGAUGUCCACCGUCUCCUGGUCAAGGAUCUUGAGCCUCUCCCAGUCAAUCUCAUUGUUGGCUUUGGACUGCUGUUCCCAGAUUGCGGAGGUUGUUUUGUUUUUGGUGUCGCACACUCUUAGGAUGAGGCACCCGUAACAAUCCCUACAACGAGCACCCUGGUAUAACAAGAGACAUUCUUCACCUUAUAGUUGUAGUAGAAUGAGUGGAACAGGUUAUCAAUAUAACAUGCAGUGUACCCAAUUAUUUUGGGUUCCUUUAAAUGGAGGGUUGUGCUAUUACGACCAGACUUCCGGUAAUCGAGUCCACAACCUUUUAACGUAUCUCGACCAGAUUUCCGUAAGACGGGUCGACUUCAAUGUAAGACACAACCGUACUCAGUUCGUGCGUAUUGGACAUGUGUGACAAGAAACUCACAAGGGGUUGAAGCGUGUAACUCUCAUAUGUUCGCUUUGUACGAUGCGCGUGAAUGUUAUUAUUUUUUUGCAAGUGCCAUAUUUGGAACGAGAAGAAAGAUAACUGACCAAUCAAACUUCGCAAACGACGUGACGUUAUUUUACUCGUCACUUAAAAGUGAAUUCGCGCUGCUUACGAGUUACACUUCUCAACCUCUUAUGAGUUUCUGGUGUGACUAAACGACUGUUCUUAUUUUUCAUUAGGACGCAAAUCCGGACGAUUUUUCUCUGACAGAAGUUCACUUGAAUUAUGGAGGUAAUAGGAGCUCGUCUUUUUCUCCCUCUAGUGUAAAAUUACCAGCUUUCUAUCCUGCCGUGAUACAACUAUCCUGCGAACAAGCUCUCCAUUUAUGGCGACAACCUCGUUCCCAGGGUUCUCUCCUAUCCGUCACUUCUCGACGAGUAGGCGAGAGAACCUGGGAUCGAGUUUGUUAUAGCGAGUGAAGUGAGGCGCGAGAGAACGCGCGAGCGAGCGGCGGAGCCGCGAUGGUUGGGGGACGCAGUCGCGUCUCUUUUCGCGUGCAGCUCUCGCGCGAAUCCUCGCAACUCCCCUGUUUCCGGGCUACCAUACAACUGCCACAUACUUAUUAUGCGUGACGUUUUGCUUUAUUUUUUAACGGAAAAACAAACAAAAACAACACGUACAAGGCGCCUGGGUAUGUCAUGAAUAUUGUUUCUCGUUCUGGCUUUAACUUGUUUUGUUAUGCUCAAACAACAUUUUAUUAAUAUUUAAUGUAUAAUUUAUUCUAGUUAACUCCUGUAAGGAAGACGGUCUUAAUCGUUUUAAUAAACGUUUUCGUCUUUAAACACUAAGUUUGAUAACAAAUUCGUUUUCUUGCUCUUGCAGUUGUGAAACCUUUCAUAAAUAAUCAAGCUAAACCCACGAUAGAUGGGAGCGUUGGUAGGCUUAAAGUUCUGACUUUUCAACGGUUAAAAAUAAAGAAAUAAAAUAAAUGAAAAUAAAUGAAAAACGCCAAAUAGUUUUCAUAGGUCAGUGUUCUGUCAGAGAAGACAUACCGAAAACAAAAACAGCUAGGGAUUACAUUCUCUUUCUGUUCUUUACAUGAAGUAUUGUUUUGACCUUGAGUAUUUUAUUGUUUUAAGAAAUUGAUGGUAUGGCCUCGUCAUGUAAAAUUCAUCCACUCAAUAUAAAAUAACACGCUAAGACACUAACAUUGUAAGAAGUAAAGAAAUUAAACGUACAGGUUUUGCAUCCACGUUUGACACUGAAUAAGUUAGAGUAAUCGUGAUGAAGAUUGAAAGAACGCAAAGUUACUUGGUAAGAGACGUUUUUGCUGCUCUCGCCAGCCUCGGAUCUUAAGGCCCCUAACACUGGGGAGGAUGACGUCGUCUCUUUCUUUAUCUUUUUAAGUUCAAGAACGAAGAAUGGACCACAAUGACUGUCCGUGGAAAACUCUGGUGGAUAUUAGAAAGGUAUGUUUAUUUCUAUCUUCCUGCCGUGGACCUUAGUCUCGGCGGUUUAGCAGUUAAAGAUAGCUUAGUAUGUUUUUGUCUGUGAGUGAAGUACCCUUAUUGCUGGUUUUCACUGAACGCCAUCAAAUAUAAGAAUCAACACCGUUCGACAGUUUAAGUCCAAAAUCUGGGAAAUGAAAAGAGGGGGAAUAUGCAAAGUCCCUCGCCAAGAUUCAGGGUAGUGCAAUUUUCCAGAAGCAAGAUAUUCGGAUAAUUCAUUUGCCCAAAUUUAUAGAGCUUUGUUUGGAGACAUCAUGUUGGACGCCCAUCCGAAUGGGCACUAACAUGGCGGCCGGAAAACAACAGAAACAGUUGUUAUUGAGUUUUCCUACUAAAGCGUGAAUUCAUCUAUCGUGGAACUCAUAAACAUAAAAGUAAUACUUUUUUAAUACAACUGUUCCGAUAGCAAAAUCCCCCAAAAUAAGUCAUUUUUGUAACCCUCAGGACAGCUCUCUUGGCCGCCACGUAAAUGCCGCGUCACGCAAAAGCUUAGAAAUUCAAGCGCACUCUAUCCCUAUUUCUCGAGCCCUCGGUUUUUCAAAAUUCCGGAUAAUUCUAGCCAAAAAUAACUUCCCUUUACCAGUCAAACACUGUCAUUAUACCCCCGAUUUUUCAAACCUCAGCUUCUCCUAGUAAGAGUGGCUAAAAAAAUUGGGAUUCCACUGUAUUUUUUUGGCCUGCUGAAUUUUGCCAUCUGGUUUAACCGGCGCCUUACUCGUUUGCUUGAAAUGUUCAUUAAAUAGUAAUAUGGUCUUUAUCUCUUCUCACUGCACAGAAAUCGAUAAGAAAAAUGAAACUCACGAGAUUUUAUUUACGCCAAAACCUGGAACCCCUGGGAAAUGUUUGUAUUUGCGUUGGAGGUCUUCCUACAGGAUUAGAGUCCACCAAAUAUCAAGACCUUUUAAGUGAUAUAUUGGGCGAAAGUAAGUAUCCGCUAUUUAAAGUAAGCGUAGGGAUACUCAGAUAGCCAAAUUCUUGUCUUUUCAUCUUUAAAUUUCCUUCUUGAUCCGUUAUCCUUUCACUCUGAGUGUUAUAAGUUAUCAUCUUUAUAUUUUUUGCAGCGGCACAGUAUUGUAAGAUGAAAAGUGUGUUUGCAAGUUAUGGUGAGUCCUACUGCCAUUUUCUAUCAUGAUGCAAAGAAAACAUAUUGAAAUUGAAAUGCAUUGAAAACUGCGUUAAGCAGAUCUAUAAUACUAAACGGACAGCCCGCUACAUUCAGGACAUACGAACUAAUUCUGAAGCUGUCCACAAGUUAACGCAAUGAAGUUUUUCUUUACUUUAUAGGCAUGUUAUUUGUAUCUUUUCCCGCGGCUGAUGUAGCAGCAGAUGCUGUACAUAAAUUAACAAACUCUACGGUGGAUAGUAAGGAACUGUUUAUAAAAGUCCUGCCAAACAUUCAUGUAAGUAGCAAUUCCAGUGCUGCUUUGUUUAUUAAUGUUUAGUAGUAUUUUGUACAUUCUGAGGUCAAUUCUACGUGCUUUUAAUGAAUCAUUUAAAAAUGAAGUUCGAUUCAGGAGAACGCAGUCUUCAUCUGCUUACUCUUACCUGGUUUGCUGUGCGUCAGAUCCAGGAAACAUUAAGAUUCAGUGAACAGUGAUUUGCCACCCUGCACCCUUCCUCAUCUCUCGCCUUUCCCUUGUCGGAGACGACUUUACUUUCUUUCUCGAGAGUUUCUAAUGUAUUUAUAGGAACAGCGUAAUGUCGAACGCACUGAUUACUCCAAGUUUAUCAUCUUGGGUAGAAUACAGCUCACAUCUUGCAGAAUUUUUUUUCUCGUCCAACGUAGUGGACAGUUUUCGGACUAAGCAUGGGAAUGCCUCGUCAAAAAGUUUGGAUUUCGGUGGGAAAUGCUCCUAUUGUUCAGCUGAUUGUUGAGUAUGAGUGAACAAAGUUACUCCCAAGUGAAUAUAAAUUUUCUCUCUCUUCUUGCAGCCUGAAAUGUUCCCCCCUGAUAGCCAGCCCCUGUUAGUACUAGUCAAUACAAAAAGUGGUGGUGGACAGGGGGCCGAUAUGCUAGCAGCUUUUCAACGGUUACUUAACCCGCAUCAAGUCUACAGUCUAUCAGAAGGAGGACCAUUACCGGGGUAAGUGGUGCAACGUUUUGUCAUUCAUCUCUGAUGAAUAGGACGCUGGGGGUAAUGGAAAGGAUGGAAAUCUCCUUAGCCUUUCCUCAGCACCCUCGCGCGUGCUGCAUCACAGAGACAGCUAGAGUUUUUUACUUUAAUAGACAUGAGUUGAUCGCCAUGAUUUGUACCAAAGCAGUCCCAAUGCACGCAAGUAACCCAAACAAACAACGUUCAGCCAAUGCAGAAGUUUCAUCAGGACUAGCAAAGACACACUCUAUUAGGCUCUUACCAGUCUCUCUUCCCUACAAACCCAGAGAGUUUAUCACUUUACCUGUGUCUGACAUCCCUUGCAGGGUGGGCUCUGUCGCAUUUUCUACUCUCCCCACUCCCCCUCUGCAUUCAAGAGCAAAGAUAGCGACUAGAGGCGGCAAGAUCUGAGCGUUCGCCCGCUCAAAAAAUCAGGCUAGCCUGAAUUAAGGGAAAAUACUUCAAGGGCAAAAUGACAGUCGUUCGUUCUCUCUCUAAUUAAUUGCUAAAACUCUUUUGUGUCUUUUUCCCUGUAGGUUCUAUGCUUUUAGGUCCAUUCCAGAUUUCCGUGUUUUAAUAUGCGGUGGCGAUGGAACGGUUGGAUGGGUUUUAUCGUGUUUAGAUGAUGUUCUUCAAGAGCUGAAGUGUAAGAUGCCAGCCUCAGCGAUUAUUCCACUUGGAACAGGUGAGUCCGAGGUCGCGUUCUCAGGACGUAGUAAGGACCUUACGAUCCGACAACGGCGACGUCCCUGAAAAGGUCAUCGGGAUUUUCCGAAGUCGUCCUGUUACUUAAAAGAAGGGGAUUUAGAUUGGAACAGAAAAGAGCGGCCGCGCCCGAGUUCAGACAGAGAUGGUAGACUUUAUCGCCUUUCCGUUCUCGUCCUCAAAAAAACUUAAAAUUUGGUCAUUUCACGUCGUAGUUGUGCAGAGACGGCAAAGAAAUGUACAAAAAAGCGUGAUGCACGUGCAGAGUUGUUGUUUUGCUUACUAAACCUAUUGCUUUUUGACGUUGCGGUUGCCGUCGCUGUCGUAGUUUCGUAAGGUCCCUAUAUAUUCCGUGGGCCGCAACAAAGUUGGCUUAUAUUUUGGAGCCAUUAUCGUCAUAAGGCAUCGAUUUCAGAAAACAACACCCCAGGCGCAAAGCACAUUAUGACGAAAAGCAAAUCACUGGUCAAAAAUUUGUAGCUGCACACUGUAAUAACCUAAGUGAGAAUUGUAAAUGAUAGAUCAGAUUAAAUGUUCAGUUUGGCUAUUACAGUUUACAGCCUAACAGCAAUUUCCGUUUAGACCGUUUCUCCCUUCACUAAUACACGUCAUAUCUAGUACUGCAAGUCUCUUGCACAGGUGUUGAAUGCAGCCACAAUUAAGCGCGGGAAAAGUCACGACUGGUUUUGAUUUUAAAUCUGAUUGGUUGAGAAAGUAGCGUGAAAAUUUUAAGCCAAUCACGGAGGGUGGCGUUGUAAAAUAUAUCCAGACAUUAGAUUAAAACUGGCCUCCAAACUGAAUGAAAUAUGUAAAAAAUGACUGCUUGAUACAUUUGAGCAACACGGCAGGUACUAAGGAAGGUAUGGUUAAACAAAAUUGAACUAGAUCAAAACGGAUUAUUCCUUGGGUUUUAUAAAACUUUUCAGACUCUCAAAUUAUCAAAGUUUUUCUCUGUUAUAUGUAACUUUGAGCCAUAACGCCCAGGAGACAUUUCUUUGUCAUAAAGUUUGCCUUUAGGUAACAUCAGAUUUCCCAGUGAGUGAAGCUAAAUAAAAUCUUCUAAACAGCUGUGAUCUCUUUGAGAUCACGAAAUUUUAUCACGUAGCCUAGAACUGCGCUGUGAUUGUUGUGUGAACAUAAUGUACAUGUUGGAUCUAAAACAGGCAAUUCUCUCAAGCAGUACCAUAAGGAAUGUAUGAAUAAAAGUGGGGAGAAGAUGCAUGUUGAUGCUGGGGCUUAAAGGGUUAACUAAAUAUUAGCUAAAAUAUGAUCUACCUGUUAAAUUAUAAAACAGGCAACGAUCUCUCUCGAGUUCUUCAUUGGGGUGGAGGGUAUUCUGGCAGCGAGAGUCCAGUGUCACUUCUUAUGGCUGUGGACCAAGCACAGGAAAAUCGUUUGGAUAGAUGGUGUGUGAUGUUUGAUUUAGCCGAGGCUAUUCCUGAUACGCUAUCAAAUGACAGUGCUAUAGGCUCUAUUGGUUGUAAAGAUGACGAUCCUAGUAUUUUUACCAUGAACAAUUAUUUUGGCAUUGGAAUUGGUGCGGAACUUUGUUUGGAUUUUCACCUUCAGAGAGAAGAAGCACCAGAUAAAUUCCAUAGUAGGUAAGUUGAUUAUGAUCGUUUUGGCCAUUUUAACGGUUAGCCUGGGGACUGGGUCGGGGUUGUGUCGAACUGCACUAUGGGACUGUUUUUGGGGAGGAAAUUUUGAUCCAGGAUCCUUUGCAACGUCGUAUUAGCCAAUGAAAGAAGCAAUAGUGUUCACAAGACAAUUCUACAGUGCAACUUAACGCAACACCGACUUAAUGUCACCUGCAACCUCAAAAUGGCAAAUAUAUAUUGGAGUGGGAUGGGGGGGGGGAGGGAAGGGAGUAAAACGUAGUUAAACGAACACCAUAUGAAGUCCAUGUUUGUUAUUCCCAGGUGCAGGGCUGCAUGUUCACAAAGAUUUCAUCUGGCGUGGUAUAAGCAAUUCGUAGGCGGCGAAUUGGGCGGCUGCCAGGUGGUUCCGUGGUUAUCUUUCCCCAGGGUUAUUUUCUUUAUAGUUAAGUUUGACACGAAUGAACUGAAAAGCACCUACUUUGGAUGUAUGAAGCGUGAUUUAAGCGUGGGGUUUGAUAUUUAUACGUCUGUAUUAGGCUACAGAUAUUUUAAGAAACGCUCCAGAUAAGAACGAUAGCAAGAACGGCAACGAACAUGUUGGAAUGCAAAAAAGGUGCUAACUUUUCUAUUGUCUGUAUAUUUGCAAAAGUUAACAAAACUUUACGUGAUAAAAAACCAUCUUCCAUAAACAAAAUCUGGUCUCAGUUUGAAUAACAAAGUCACUGUUAUUUAAAAUUGUAAACUUUUCUUGGCUAUUGGUUUCAUUAAUUGGUCCUUUUAACACAAAAAAAACAAAAGUGGAGUGUAAAUGCAUUUUAUUGCGUAAACGUUUUAGAACAUUCCUAAUUGCCGCAAAAUUUGAUCCAUUCUUUCGAUUUUGAGUAUACGUGAUAAAAAAAAAGAUAAUCGUGCUAUGGUCACUGUUAUUUAAGAGGGCAUUAACCACAAACCAUUUAGUUUUAGUUAAUGCUUAAAUUUGAUAUUCUUUCGUUUGCUUUCAACUCAGGCUCCAUAACAAAGGUGUUUACUUCAGAGCAGGACUGAAGAAAAUGGUGAAAGGUUAUUCAAGGACAUUUGUAAAUGAAGUUGAAAUCGAGGUGAAUUUUUGCGUAUUAAUAACGCUUAUUGUAGCAGUUUUAAUAUCUUAAAUCCAAUAUUUUUAUACCACUUAUUCACGGCAGAAUUAGUGAAAGUGAAAAUAACGUGAAAAUGCAACAUAGCUGUGCUUAUCAUUAAGUCCUGUGACUCGUUAAGCUAGUCAAGUCAUUUUCUGGUCAUUAUCUGGUCAAAAAAACGAAGAAGCUAAACUACCCAAAGCUCUCUUCUAUUACCAUUUGAGCAUAAUGCUGGCAGUUUAGGAGUGUGCAUGUGUUAAAUUAUCAGAGUUGUGGUUCAUAAUCUCAAUUUAUUGUUUCUUUCUGGCAAAUUACAACUGCCAGAUUUUCAGGGCACAUCCUUUACUUUUUCAGCACCCUCCUCUAUUUUAUCACUGAAGAUACCCCGCCCCAACCCACCACUCCCACCUACAAGUAGCCUGCAUGCGUGUCAGCUAUACGUGAAUCCUUGCUUACAUUUUUUGCUUCAUUAACAUAUGUUUAUCAUUGUCUGAUGAAGGUAAUAAUAAAAUAACAUCUCUGAAUGUUCAAAGAGCAUAACUUUAACAAUUUCAGUUAUCUCUGAAAAUUUCAGGCCGAUUUACCGAAUAGUUUGGUAGAAAUUCUCUUUGAAAAACGCAAACGUUACAAAGAAUAUAUAAGCUCAUUAACGUUUUUGCCACCCAGCAAUUUACAGUUUUUAUUGGCUAUAUUUUCUUGUUAUUGAUAGCAAAGAGCUAAAAAUUGCACCAACUGUUCAAAUUAAUUAGCUCUGUCAACUUUUGAGUUUGAUUUGUACAUACGGUGACAUCUUUUAUGGGUUAACUUGUUUGAUAAUGAGCAAAAUUUUAAUCAAUGACGUUAUUCUGAACGGAAGUGAUUACAUCCUCCUUUUAGGUUGACGGUAAAAAGCUUGAUUUACCAGCACUAGAGGGCAUAGUAAUUCUUAACAUUGGCAGGUAUGUACGGCUGUAAUUUAGUGAAAGUGGAACAUUCUCUUAAUUGUGGUUUUUAGUAACUGCGUUUGUUUGUUGUUGUGUUCAACGUUUUUUAUUGGAAACGUUGAAUGUCAUAUCAUUCAGCUCUAGAAAUUGAGGGCGAAAUACUAAAUUAAGAUUAUUUUCUUGACAUUCAUUGAAAUUUUCCUGUGGUACUGGUCGUUACGCUGCAACGUGGCUAUGAACGUUUGCGUUUGUGGAUGAAAUCUGUAAUUGUGGGCGUUCAAAUGAAAGCUACUGAGCAGUACUUUCCAGAUUGCUUCAUGUAAGGGUAUCCAAGACUUUCUUGGAUUUGGGAUUACAGGUACUGGUUUCCAGUAUUUUCCAUUAGAACUUACAUUCCGAAUUCCAAUCGUUUGUGGGAUUCCGGAUUCCUUGAACUCUAUUCCGGAUUCAAAAGUCAAAGAUUCCGGAUUCCAGAGGUAAAAAUUUUCCGCAUUUCGGAAUCCGGAGAGGGCGGGGGCAACCUCGUCCCCAGGGCGCUUUUCCCUGGCUUUGAAGCCAGGGAAAACCUGAGGACGAGGUUUAGGGCGGGGGCAUAUUAACUUUCCUUCCCUGAAAAGGAAGGGUUCGUUUUAGAGGGGAAGCUUAAUAGAGGAUUUACGGUAUAUUCAUUUAUUUGAUACAGUUGGGGUGCAGGUACCGAUGCGUGGGGACCUGAUAGAGAUGAUGUGAGUAAUUUACCUUAACUUAUGUAUCCCUCGUCCCCAGUUCUCUAGGAAAACCUGAAAUGACAUACCUUUCUAUUUAUACUUUUCAAGCUUCCUUCUUUUUUUUAACGUGCUUCCAAGGAGUACGUCGUCUUGAUCUACUAUCAGGCUUUAUGUUCACGCUAUACCGGAAAGCUUUCGCGCCGGCACAAGAACCAUAACUAAUGGGGCUUCUAUUCACACAUUAGAAAGCUAAUAUCAGCGCGAUUUCUGUAACGGAGCGCAGAUCCCUUAUAAAAAAAUGAUAAUAUCAAAUCGCGCGAUUUCUGUAACGGAUUAGAUGGCGAAUCUGCGCUAUUAAAUGCGAUUCAAGAACGUCCCAACAGACUUGUAUGUGAAGAACUUCCAUUCAGGGAUUAAUUGGGGAUCAGCCCCAAAAUUUCGAUCCCGACCCCUAAAAUGAUCCCCAAACCCAGAUGAUAUGAUCCCCAAGAACCAUACGGGCCUUCUGUUCAAAUGAUCCCCAUUUGUCUUUCAAGUCGACCCAGUGAAAUGAAAGGGGUUCAUAAAAUAGUAGACAUAAAGGCGAUUAGAUUUUUGUUCCAGCAAAAGAAAAACCGGUUCGCUAAAAUAACACUUGCCCAUCGUCCGUUUUUCGUACAAAACAUCGUCAAAAUAACUUUCCAGAUUUCCCUUUGAAAACAGUUCAUUUUUCGUCCUGAUCUAUUUGUGCGGUUAAUAUUUUCUGACAGGGCUAUGCACCAGCAUGUCACUGCGAUGGUAUUGUUGAGGUCGUUGGUCUUCAAGGAGUCAUGCAUUUGGUAAAAAAACUUGUUUUAUAUUAUUUUCUCCCUCACUUACUGGUUAAAUCUGAUCAACAUUUGAUUAAGAAAAGAAGAGAGUGGGCUGGAAAUAAAACGAGUCAGGGUAGCGAUUAAGCAAACAGGCAGGAUAAGAGUGCGCGUUUAUUGAACGGCUUCAAACCUUUCCUGUAGAUUCUGUUUGUUCCUCUUAUACUUAAAAGCAUGUAGGUUAUUUUCUUCGUCGUUCCCGGUUUUGGUAACCGUCAUAACAAAAAGUUUUGGUCUAGCCGGCUCGUCCUAGGCUCUCAGUUAGAAGGGACAAGCCAGACAAAAGGCGAGCGCGAAAAAGUUGUUUUCUCCCCACUCUUCGCUCGUUUUUUCUUUUACGCUCUUUUCAACUUCUUGCCCCCCCAAAAAAAAAUACAAAGGUUCGUAAAAUUUGGCGGCAUUUUGGAGCAAUAUCUUCGCUCGCUUUGGAACUAUCACCUUUAAGUUUCCGCAUUUUAAAGAGCUGUUUCUAGCAGUGUCAAUGAAUAUUCGCUAACUGGUCUUUAUCAAAACUUGAAAAAACCGUAAAAGGGUCUAUUCCUUAUGGCGAGAAUAUUUAACAAUUAUUCCUCGAGCCCGAAUGGGCUAUUGACUCAGAGGCCAUGAGGGCGAGAGGAAUAAUUGUUUUAGUAAAAUCCAACUAGUUGGUCAAAAAUAUCAAAAAUUUAAAAUUUUUAGCUACUUAAAGCUAGACUUUAACCCUUUUUUGCCGCCAAAAAGCCGGCGCUUUUCGCUACUAGUGGGCUGUAACAUAUAGCCUAGUAGUAGCUCAACCAGUCAGAACACAGCAUUGAUAAUAGACCACUAGUUGGAUUUACUAAUUGCAGAUAGUCGCACUACACUAUGCACACUGCUAUCUGAAUGUCUUGCAAGGGCUUUAUUUAGCGAGGGCUGUAAUUUUCAGGUUUAAGGGAAACUGCUAAUAUGGUUCUUUCUCUACCAUCUCCUUGUCAUUUUUACCAGAACUGGCUGCUUUAGUAAAGUGCCUUCUCAUAAAAGGCGUCUGAGUAAGGUCUGGAUAACGUUUAAUGGGCAACAGCUCAAAACUCGCUUAUGCAACAAAUCUCUUUUAUAUAGGGUCAGAUUCAAAGUGGAAUAAGAACAGGGAUACGACUGGCACAGGGAGCCCAGGUAAUGAAAUAAGCAAUUUCUAACGUUAUAUUUCUGUUAUGUUAGUUUGGUGUUCAUAAUUGGAGAUUAUAAGUACACAUAUACGGUCAUGUUAGCCAGAGUGUAACUAUUGUUGACUUUACAUGCACAUUGUUGUCACUGUAGAUUAACGUCAAAUUGAAAUCUGAGAUGCCCGUACAGAUUGAUGGUGAACCGUGGAUGCAGGGUGCUGGUCAUGUUAUCGUCAGACCCAUACUCACACAGGUAAAAAUACCUAACCAGAGAGGGGAGGUGUUUCACUGACUAGUCCCGUAAAAGGAGUUUGUAUUCAAAAUGAUUGACUGCUUUGAAAAAUCGCUGAGCCAACCUCGCAUGCGUUAAAUCACGUGCUCAAAACUUUAUGAGAUUGCCACGUUGAACGAAAGAAACGUUUUCUAUUCGAAUAACUGUAAAUCACUGGUGAUAUUGUGAAUGUUCUACGUCUUCGUCCAGAAAACUGCUUCAGGUCAGCGGUCCCCAAAACGUGACCCCUGCCCCUUAGGUGGCACAUAUCUAUAUGCCCCCCCACCCCCCCACCCCCCCACUCCGGGACUAACCCCAAGGACCGCUGUUAAGUCGUUAAAUAUUGCAUUGUAUGUUCCAUUCAAGCAUUUGAUUGUUGAUUGAAUAAAUGUUAUUAAAAAAAAAAAAAAAAAAAAAAAAAAAGGACCGCUUUUCGUUUUAUGUUCCAUUCAAGCAUCAUCUCGUGUUAAUUUUAUUUUUUUGCCAGACUUCACUUGAUCGGAUUCUUAUUUACCUCUUAUCUUGCAUUCAGAAGAAUCGUAGGCUUGAUUUCCGUCUCUUUCUCGGGGGAAGGAGCGCGGGCUCAUUUCCCGAACAGCGGCUGGUAAUCGAGCCUAGAAGAAUCGCUUGUGAUACUCUGACUUAACUCUUUAAAUCCCUGAUACCAAUAUACAUAUUCUCCGCACUAAUUUUUGAUACUACUAAGGAGAAAGAAUUAAAACGUCAGAGCGUUUUACCGUUGGUGAUCACCGCUUUUUUCUCUUUACCACUAUGUUUUAUUUGGCAGUUGAGUAGAGAAAUUCAAUGCCAGGGGCGGAUCCAGGAUUUUUUUUAGAAGGGGGUGCACUCGUCUCUUGCUCUACUUCAACACCAAUAAACCACGUAGUUUUUUUUUUGCAGAAUACCAGUUGUAUUAGAAAACCGCAGGUCAUCUCAGGGGGGUGCGCACCCCCUUCACCCUCCCCCUAGAUCCGCCCCUGAAUGCUGGUCACAAAUUAAAAAGGUGUUACUGACUGAUGUAUUUUCUUGCAGGCCGUGAUGUUAACAAAGAGAAAAGUGAAAGUGAAACAUCCAAGAAAGCCACUCAGCUCACCCAGACGCUCGUCAUCUGCCAACGCAAGAACAAUUUUUUACGAUGACUGAACAAACUUUAGAGGCUUUCCUCAUCACAGACAUACAUUGUUAUUGCAGAAGCAAUGACUUAUAUAAAGGCUUCACUUGUACCGUUUAGAUCGAUACGAAAGUUAGAAAAUCUUUCAGCAGAACUGCGUAUUGCUUUUUCAGACGCAUGCAUUGACCUUCCAUCUUUUUGCGAGAAACCCUGUUAGAAUGAGCUUGGUUACCAGCUGCUUCCCGCGUUUGGUCCAGAAAUCACUGGAUCUUUAUUAAAGGACAACUGGUUCAAGCAGAGCAGUGGAAAUCGAAUCUCCUCUCAUGAGAAAGGAUUUCCCCCUCUUUAGUGGACACCUCCUAACUGAUGGAUGUGGACGGCUUUCUGCUAACAUGGACACCUGCUCAGUGAAAUAGUUACGGAGAUCUCUUCAAUACAAUGCACACCUUUUGAAAUAGAUGGACACAUUCUACCCAUAAUGUACGUCUUAACUUAGUUAAAAUGGACACCUCUAUACCACAGAUGAACACCUCUUAAGAAAAUGGGCACCUUCAUAAAAUGGACACCUCCAUACAGAAUGGACACCUUUACUUAGUGGGACAUCUCAUUACUGUCUACAGUAAGAUGGUGACAGACAUUUCUUUUAUACGAUGCACAUCUUUGAAAAGAGAUGGAUACGUUUACACAAUUAUUUUUACCUUAACAUAGAUAAAUGGACACCUCUGUAUAAAAUGGGCACCUUCACUAAAGUUGGAUAUCUCAUUACCGACACGAAGACCACUUCACUAAAAUGGUCACCUUGUAAAUGGACACCGUCACUAAUAUGGACUCCUCAUGUCCCCAGGGUCUUUUCUUUUCUUCCUCUGGAACAAGAGAGGGCCUGGGAACGAAAGUGGCCAAAUCUUUCACAAUAUGCAUACCAUGAAAAUUGUUGCAAGC